UUCCUUAUACUUGCAAUCAAUCAGUACGCAAGACCACUCGUCGUUCGCUUCUAUCUCUCUGUAAAGAGUUUCUUUUUGGCUUUACUUGAAAGUCUCCAUGGCACCCAAGGCUGCCAAGAAGCCGGCGGAGAAGAAGCCUGCCUCCGAGAAGCCGACGGAGGAGAAGAAGACCGUGACGGAGAAAGCUCCGGCUGAGAAGAAGCCAAAGGCCGGAAAGAAGCUCCCCAAGGAAGCCGGAGCGGCUGCAGGAGACAAGAAGAAGAAGCGGACGAAGAAGAGCACAGAGACCUACAAGAUCUACAUCUUCAAGGUGCUUAAGCAGGUUCAUCCUGACAUCGGGGUCUCAAGCAAGGCCAUGGGGAUCAUGAAUAGUUUCAUCAACGAUAUCUUUGAGAAGCUUGCCCAGGAGUCGUCACGAUUGGCCAGGUACAACAAGAAGCCUACAAUUACCUCUCGCGAGAUCCAGACUGCCGUGAGACUGGUGCUUCCCGGAGAGCUUGCAAAGCACGCGGUCUCUGAGGGGACUAAGGCGGUGACGAAAUUUACUAGCUCUUGAAAAUGGCGUCGUUUUUUUAUUUUAGGGUUUUCUACGAUUUGGGGGUAAUUUAAGAACUAGGGUUUGCGUUUUCAUAUUCGAUGUUUUAAUGUUUUUUUUAAUUUAUAAAUGCUGGUAAUUAGACGCGCUUUUGUGAGUAUUAAGAAUAGAAAUGCUUUCUUUUCGCUAUUUAUUUAGUUUUUGAAGAGGAUUUAAUUCAUGGUUUAUUGUGAUUUGUAUCGUUUUAAUUUUAAUAUGACAGUGGUUUGCUCUACAUCA